GAUUCGGGUCGACUCGAUCGGAGCGAAGCCGUUGUGUCUCCAGCACACAGAAAAGUUAUCACUUUGUCCAGUUUAAACAUGGCAACUUCAAGAAAUCACUUGUUCCAUCGGCCAGAGGAAUGUGACUCUUUCCAGCCGUGUUUCUUCGAGCACGAGACGGAUGAGGAGUUUUACGUCACUAGAGCUCCGAUGCCGAACGAAGAUAUUUGGGAUAAAUUUGAACUGUUGCCGACCCCACCUCGAUCGCCGAAUCGAGAGGCCCUCGAUGAUCUUCCCUGUUCUCUGUUGGACAAUGAAGCAGAAAGGUUACAUCUACAACCUCUUAUCAGCGAGGAUUUGAAGGCUGAGCUAGCCCAGGAUCUGCUGCCAGCAUUCCCCAAACCGUUAACCUUCCCUGAAACCCCACCCACUUUGACCGGUGCUAGUGGACUUAACUCUAAGCUGAUACAGGACUGUAUGUGGUCAGGACUCAGUGCACAUCAUAUAGAUGGCGAGGCAUGUGCUGAACAGAAAAAAUCGGAGAAAAUUGGAAUUCCUGGAUCUACAAAUUGUGCCCCGAGAAAGCAUUGUGUGUCAGAAAAUUCUGUGCCCGGCGACAUAUCAACGGAAUGUGUGGAUCCGGCAGCGGUUUUCCCCUACCCGAUAAAUAUGACCCGGGAAUAUCUGGAAAUUGAUACUCCCUCAGAUUCGGGUAACGAAGAAGACGAAGAGGAAGAAAUUGACGUGGUGAACGUGGAGAAGAUACACAAAACACAGUUACCCACUAGGCGGAAAGCUGCACUUGUGUCUCGCGUGGCGGAGAAAGUGGUAAAAAAAUCGGAACUUCAGGCUGCCAGCUUGUUGUUGCCUGCAGUGCAUGCCUGUCACACAUACAGCAAGCAGAUUCCCGCAGGCAAGGGUUUCAGUAGCAGUCGCUCAGGCACAAGUUCUCCAGUGCAUGGUCACAGUUCAUAUCUUAAGAGGACUUCAGUGUCACUGUCCAUGCCAAAUUCUCCACAAUCUAUUCGACCAACUGCUUCCAAAAAAAUGAAACGGCACCUCACGACUCCAGCAGAACUCAAAAAAGUAGCUCAAAAACUGAAGGCCUGUGGCAAUGGUCGUACCUACAAGACAGAGUACAGCAGUUCGAGUAGCAGUUCGAGUAGCAGUUGUAGCAGUAGGCUAGGUUCAGACUCGGAAGGUGAGGGUUGUGGUAAGCGAACACAGCACAAUGUUCUCGAAAGGAAACGAAGGAAUGACUUGAAAUACAGCUUCUUCAAAUUAAGAGACACAGUUCCAGAGCUCAUGCAACAGGAAAGGGCACCAAAAGUGGUUAUACUGAAAAAAGCCACAGACCACAUUCAUGAAUUGACUACAAAGCAAAAUCGCAUGUUGACAGAAUUGGAAAAACAGAGACAGCGAAAUGAGCAGCUUAAACGAAAGCUGCAAUUACUACAGUGUUGAAAAGCUUUCUAGAUUACCUGUCGUCGUGCCCAUUGUGUUCAUGUGAUUAUCAUUGCGAAACGGAGAGGUGUGAAGCGGGCACAGUGUGAAACUUGCUUACCAUUAUUACCAUGCCUUGCUACCCAGCUUACCACAAGUGGUAGGGGUUUUACCACUAAAAGGACUGACUGAUUGUUUCAUUAUGUUGUGAACUCGUUUUGAUUUUCAUUUUUCAGAGGUAUAUAUUUCCAUUAUU